CAUUUUAAUAAGAAGUACCUAGGUAGGUACCUAUUGCAUUGGAUUGGAUUGGACUUUUUUAUAUUGUAUUCUCAUUGUAUUGGAUCGGACCGCUGAGAGUGUUAUAAAUCGAACACCACACAACAGCUUUUCUACCCUACUGAGAUACUUGUAGAAAGAUUUAGUAAACAUGGAAGUCGAUUCCACUGAGGUUGAACAACUGAAGUCCAGGCCAUACCAAACUGAGUUGGAAGAGAUUGCUAUCAAACAGAAUACAAUUAUUCAUCUGCCAACAGGAUCAGGCAAAACAUUUAUUGCUAUUCGAUUAAUCACAAGGUUUAGAGGAGAUUUGCAAAAACCAUGGGGACAAGGAGGAAAGCGAACAUUUUUUCUGGUCAAUAAUGUGCCCCUAGUGGAUCAACAGAAAAAAGUAAUACAGAAACUAUGUCCGGUAGAAGGUGUGGGCGGUUAUAGCAGCGAGGACAGAAUAGAUUAUUGGGAUAAAACAAAAUGGGAUGAAGAAUUGACUAAAAAUCAGGUUGUAGUUAUGACAUGUCAAAUUUUACAAGACAUGGUUACACAUGGCUACAUAAAAAUUCGCGAUAUAAACCUACUGAUUUUUGAUGAAUGCCACCAUGGAGUCGAAGACCACCCUAUGAGAAUGGUCAUGAAACAGUUCGAGAAUUGUCCCGUUUCUCAACAACCAAGAAUACUUGGUUUGACCGCUACGUUGUUAAAUGCAAACGUAAAUUUGUCUUCCGUCCCGGCAUCACUUAGAGAUCUGGAGACUACGUUUCAUGCGACUAUUGCUACGGUAAACGAACUAGGGGAAGUUCUCAAUUAUUCUACGAACCCGAGGGAGUUCAUCGAAUACUAUAAACUUCCGACGCCUACAGCGGCGGCGAGGGAAGCGAUUGCUGUUCUGAGCGAUUUGGAAAAUCUAGUACUUGCAGUCAAACUGCCAAUGAUUUCUGAUGUUCCGUUGAUAAGACUGGAGGUCGGACAAGUCGACAUCACAAGGGAUCCCAGAAAAAUCGUCAAAGCAGUGAAAAACAUGGUCACCUGUAUGAAAACUAUGAUAGAAGAACUAGGUGUUUAUAGCGGACAAUUAGGCAUACUUAGUCACAUAAUAAUGUUAGAAAGAUUGAAACGAAAGUCGUUGUGCAAGGAAGAAGAGACAUUGUUCAAAUUUGUCAUCACACACUCUGUCAUGGCUAGAGCAAUCCUUUUGAAAUCAAUGGAGAACGAAUCCGGAUAUGAAAUGAUUAUCAAAAAUUCAUCAGAGAAGGUUUUAAAACUGCUUAACAUAUUGAAGGAAUAUAGCCCAGCUGUCAUGAACAAGCCUGGAGUGACUUUAAAAAGAAACAUUGCACGGAAGCCUUUGUCUGGGAUUAUAUUUACGCAACAACGUUUAACAGCAAAACUGUUGUACAAUCUCCUCAAAAACGUCCAAGAGGCCAACCCUGAGGAGUUUGGCUUUCUCAAACAUGAUUUUAUCGUAGGAUUUAAUAUAAAUCCUUUUAAAAAUACAAGAGAACAGCAUUAUCAAAAGAAGACAAGUCAAAAAGCACUCCUCAAGUUUAGCCACAAGGACCUGAACUGUCUGAUUUCAACCAGCGUGAUAGAGGAGGGGGUGGACGUCCCACAAUGUAUGUUGGUCGUGAGGUUUGACGCACCAUCCGAAUACAGGUCAUACAUUCAGAGCAAAGGUCGAGCCAGAAAUGUUGAAUCAACAUACGUAAUAUUAGUCGAAGAAAGUAAAAGAGAAAAAUUUAUGAGUCUUUACACAACUUUCCAAAAGACUGAACAGUUAAUUCAAGAUAUAUUAGUGGGGAAAACUGAUAGACGCAAUGCUCCCACGGAACAACAAUUGCAAGAAAAUCUUUAUCAAGAGGAUGAUAUUCCACCAUAUGUGACAAAACAUGGCAAUAUAUUGUCGGCCACAUCAGCUAUAUCUUUACUAAACAGGUAUUGUUCGACGCUGCCCCACGAUCAGUUUACACUCAUCACUCCUAUGUGGAUUCAGGAGAAAGUUAUUGAUAAACUUGGUUAUACUAAAGUUUCUGUGACUAUAAUAAUGCCGAUCGCCUGUCCUGUAAAGGAAUCUAUAAAGGGAGAUCUUCAAUCUGAUUUGAAGUCCGCCAAACGUUCCGCUGCACUGAAGGCUUGCAUUCGGUUGCAUCAAGCAGGAGAAUUGGAUGAAGUCACUUUGUUACCCAUAAAAUAUGGCACCGUGAAUUUCGAUCAAGCUGAAGUAAAAAGUUGUUUUCCUAAUUGGCCGUUUGAUACAGACGAGGAUGAAGGACAUGUGGAUGUACCAAAAGCAGGGACCAAGAAGCGUGUACGAAAACACAUGAGAGUUUUCCCAAAAUGUUUAAGAGGGCCUGUUAAUUGGAAAUCGGGGGUCCAAAACUUUUAUUUACACGUCAUAUAUUUAAAGACUGCAUUCCCGGAGCCCAAAGAUUCCCGCGAGAAAGCAUUAUACAAGUUGCUACAGAGAGAGAACGGUUUUGGUUUCCUUACCGUGGAAAAGCUGCCAAAGUUGUGUAACUUUCCAAUGUUCCUUACUGUUGGUGAAGUUACUACCAGCAUUGAAAUCAAUUAUGCCAUUGUGCCACUGUCACUGCCGUUGUUCGAUUUGAUCAAAAGAUUUCACUUACUUGUCUUUGACCAAGUUUUGGGUAUCGCAAAGAAAUUUUUAGUAUUCGACGGCACUGAGAAUUGCAUGUACUUCGUCCCUACAAAGUACAACGGGGACUAUGAUAUCGAUUGGGAUAUUAUGAAAACACACGAUGAAAUUCAACCUAUUACUGUUCCGACAUUUGAGGAUAGAGUGGAAGCAACUAAAUCGGUAACACGGGAGAGUCAUCAAAAUUGCGUAGUCACUCCUUGGUAUCGUUCAACAAUUGUGCCCGACAGAUACAUAGUGUCAGAUGUUUUGGAAUACAUGACGCCGUUGUCUAAAUUUGAAGCGUCGCCGUAUGGCACGUAUGCUGACUAUUACAGCUCUAGAUAUAAUCUGGAAAUAAUGGGCAGGAAAGACCAGCCUAUGUUAGAGGUUCGAAACAUAAGUUCGCGCAUGAACUGCCUAUUACCUAGAGCGGCUACCAUCAACACCUUCACUGAUAAACAACAACGGAUAAUAUCUGCUGUACAAGGGGAUGACAAACCGAACGGAUUUGCUGAAGUGUUCAUACCAGAGUUCUGUAUAAAGUAUGAAUUCCCAGGCCUGUUGUGGUACAAGGCUAUGAUGCUUCCCAGUAUUGUGCAUAGAGUGUACAUGUUGCUUGUUGCUGAUGAACUGAGAGCGCAAAUAGCCAAAGAAGGCAAGCUGGGAGCUGAAAAUCUUCAACGUUGCGAAGAAUGGAAGCCAAUCGAAGUUCAUUUACAAGUUGCGAUUUCAUCUUUGAAAGCGCAAGCAGACGACACACCAGCCCCAAUUAAUACCAUAGACAGGAUCAAUAACCCUAUCGAUGACACCCAAAAGCCUCCACUUAAUAUUUUGACAAUGAAGGACGCUCUUUACAAGCUUCUGAUGAAAAAGAUCAACAAGGAAUUCUCCUGGGAUGACAAAAUGGAGCCUCUAGAUAUUGAGCGUAACAUUAGCACUGCGACUGUAAUGGACAUCGAGUGUUACGACGAGUUCGUGUCGGCUCAGGCCGUGGAGCCCGAGCCGGGGAGCGUGCGGUCUCCGCCUCGGAUGCCUACCACCUCUAAGUCGGCCAUAUUGCCUGCUCCGAUGAGGUACAACGAUAGUAUUGGCAUUUUGGAGAAAAAACCAACUGCUCGUGGCCCGGAAUUACGCGACGUACUCGCUGCUCUGACUACGAUCAACUCACAUGAUACUUUCAAUUUGGAGCGAGUGGAAACCCUCGGAGAUUCCUUCCUCAAGUUCGCGGCCAGUUUGUACCUGUACCACAAGUUCCCGAAACUCGAUGAGGGACAGCUGACGAAUAUCAAGGGCAGGUUUAUAGGGAACAGGAAUCUGUACUACGCUGGCGCAAAAGCGAUGUUGGGUGGCCGCAUGAAAGUGGAGCAGUUCAGCCCCAAAAAGGACUUCCUGGUACCAGGUUUCUUCGCACCAUUGAAAAUACAACGCUUCAUAGAAAAAGAGCAGAUCCGGCCAGCAUUCCUCAUCGGCAUGAACUUUUCUCGUGGCGAGAUCCUAACGGGAGAAUUAUCCGAUAAUAGUUUGCUGAUCGCGGACACCAAACAUGAGAAUUACGAUGGAAUUGCCGAAAAAGAGCCUUUGGGACACGUACUGAACUCGAUGCAAUGUUACGUGCGCGCCCAGGCAGUCGCUGACAAGUCAGUGGCAGAUUGCGUGGAAGCGCUCAUUGGUACAUAUUUGCUGGAUGGCGGUAUCUUGGCUGCCGUCAAAGUUUUGGAAUGGUUCAAGGUCCUACCCCCGGAGGAUAAAUUCGUGGAACUAUUACACAAGAGAGUGCCCACAGUUCAAAGCGAGGGAAAGGCGACGCCUGAUGAAAUCAACUUUUUGUUGAACAACUGCGCUGAUGAUAUCGAACGUAUAAUGAAAUAUAAAUUUCAGGACACGUCGUUUUUGUUGGAGGCCCUGUCACAUCCAUCUUACAUACGCAAUCGUCUGACGCGUUCGUACGAACGGCUCGAGUUUCUCGGCGACGCCAUCUUGGAUUUCCUAAUAACCUCCCACAUUUUCGAGAACAUUGAGAAUCUGAAGCCUGGGGAAUUAACUGAUUUGAGAUCGGCUCUGGUGAAUAACGUCACGUUUGCGUCGUACGUCGUGAAGUUAGGCCUACAUAAAUACAUGUGCUCCCAACUUAAUCCGAACCUGAGCAAUGCUAUCAUGGCCUUCGUUGAUCAUCAAGAGCAGAGGGAUCACGAGAUAUUGGAAGAUGUCCUUUACCUCAUUGACGAAGAAGAUUGUCAAAUCGCUGAGUAUGUGGAAGUGCCUAAGGUACUAAGCGACAUCUUCGAGUCGUUAAUAGGCGCCAUAUACCUGGACUGCGGCGGGAAUCUUCAAACUGUCUGGUCGGUGGUGUACCGCAUCAUGUGCAAGGAGAUCGACGCGUUCUCCAAGCGUAUACCACAACAACCUGUCAAGACGUUGUACGAGAGGAUCCACGCUUGUCCAGUCUUCGAACCGGCCAAGGUAGCAGAUACCGAAGUUCCCAAAGUUAUGGUCCCAGUCAGGAUCUCCAAGGAUGGGCGACAGCUCACCGUUUACGGGUUCGGCGGCAACAAAUUCCAGGCGAAACGAGCGGCCGCUAAGUUGGCCCUUAGAGUUCUUAGCCUUUAAGUUGAUCAAACUUAAGGACCUUAAGAAAAUGAAUCAAAAAUAUAACAUCCAAUAGUAUGCUAAGAUUUAAAACUUUUGCGCUGUGCGUAGGUAGAGUAAUAUGUGUGAACAAAACUCGCAUACGUAUGUCGAUCGAUUAUUUUAAUAUAAAAUUUUUCUCAUGUUAAUAUUGUGAACAUGACAAAAGUGGAUCUUUUAUCACAACCCCAUUUUAUGUGUAAUUUUAGUCAACAUUUUAACUAUAUUAAUUUUACUUGUGUAGUAAUUAAGUUAUUUUAUCGAUUUUAUACUGCCUGAUAAAGUUAUUUAUUUAUUUUUUAAAUGAAGGAUAUUAUAGUUUCGGAAAGGCUAUUUAUGUUUUAAGAAAUUUCCGAAAAUAUUUGAAGGAAUGAAGCCCAAACUUUGAACUCAAUGCCGAUACUUUUCUAUAUUCUUCUAAAAGCUGUGCACGCGACGUCGUCCGCGUGGAAUAGUUAUUUUGGGCAUCAUUGAAGCCCUCAAAGAUCAAUAAAUUUACCCCGUUUUUUUACAUUUUCCAUUAGUUCUUCGCCCCUUAUAGUUGCAGCGUGAUGUUAUAUACCCUAAAGCUUUCCUCGAUAAAUGGUCUAUUCAACACAAAAAUAAUUUUUCCAUUCGAACCAGUAGUUCCUGAGAUUAGCGCGUUCAAACAAACGGAUUGUUCUCACUAGUUCGAUUCAGUAGUUCGAUCGUCGAACUAGUGAGAAUUUUUUUUCUCAUUUGUUCGACCGUCGAACUAGUGAGAAUGUUUGUUCUCACUAGUUCGAUCCGUUAACUUAUUAUUAUUAUUAAUCGAGAAGCAAGAACAUUAAGUACCGAUAUAAUAGAUAUUGGUCACAAAUACAUACAUUGUAUAGGUAAUUAUAAAAUGAAAAUCUUUUAGGUAUAUUUUGUAGGUAUAAUUAUUAUUUAAGUAUUAUUAUAAUAUAGUAAACGUCAAAAUCACAAUGUUGCAUAAUUAGAUUAUUUAUUGUAAACAUAAUAUUUAGGAACAACUAUAGGUAUUGUCUUUGGCCAAAUACGUAGAUGAAAAAUAUUUUUCUGUCUUGCUUGUCUCAACAAGCUUAAUCAGAAACUAAAAAGAAACUAAAAAAAUGCCAAAAAUGCUUCAAAAUUACAAAUGUACAAAAUUAGGUAUAGGUAUAGACAUAACCAAAGGGAUGACAUUCGUGUUAUUUGUAUCACUGCCGAUGUCUCCGUGAAUUGUAAAAAGUUGCUGAAAAGGUGUCGGACAUGAUUUAAAGGUCCCAUCCAUAAAGAUGUGUUUAAUUUUUUUUAUAAUUUCUCGGGCAUCAUUUGAACAAAACACUAAUAUUCUCAUUUUUUUAUGACUGUAAUCAGCGAGUAAGAAAUCUGAAAAAGUACUAGGAACUUCGACUUCCUCAACAGUCUUUGCAUUUAUUUUUUUUACGUGUGCUAACUUAUUUCUCCUUCUGUAAAUGCGUGACUUCAUUUCACAAAAUUCAGGUACACUCUUAGAAGCUAAAUGCAGGCCUUGAUUUUUUAAUGUAAUUAAAGCUCUGUUGUAGACCCUAGGAGCUGGUUCUCUUCCCGUAGCUGCUUCUUCGCAAGCAUUAUUUAAAAUAACAUUGACUGUAUUUCGUGUUUCAUCUGGAUUACAUUGACCGCAGUGGGGUUUUGAUUGUAAAUUAUUAGUGAAGUCCUUAAACAAAAGCAAUGUUUAAAAAAUAUAGGAAUUCAUGAAUUAUUUUGCUUGUACAUUAAAACUAUUACAAAUAAAAAUACACAUACAACACCUAUAAUAUGUAAAUAUACGUACAACAAUUAUCAUUAUGUACAUAUAAAAUAACCAAGACUUACCAUAUUCAUUGUGACGGAACCGGUACAUUUUAAACUUUUAUAAUUUUUACACCGCCAAAUGCUGUGGCCAUUUUUGUAUUUACGCAUAGAAUAAUAUUGAUGUCCUUCUAAUUGCAGAAUCCUUCCACGACCGCUUUUUAAUAAUUUCACUUCUUUAGACAUUAUUCCGAAAAUAUAAACAGUAAAAUAAACAGGCACCACGAAAUAAACAUUGCUACUGCAGAGCUGAACAGCGUAAUACUACCAUUUUGCGAAACAUCUACCCUCAAAAUAUAACAAAAAUCAUGUACCCUCAAAAUAAGACAACAGAACUAUGACCACACUCUUUCUGGGGUGGGGCAUUUAGUUAAAUAUUUAUAAUACUAAACUUAUUAUGCACAUGCCUAAGUGCUAUAGGCAUAGAUGCAUUUAAGGAAAUAUACCAGUGGACGACUUCCGGGUGAUAUGACAAUGAUUUGUAUUAUGUAUUUAAACUGUUUGUAUUGUUUACUAUUAAUUUACUUGCAGUCGAAUUUUGACGUUUACUAUAUUAUAAUAAUACUUAAAUAAUAAUUAUACCUACAAAAUAUACCUAAAAGAUUUUCAUUUUAUAAUUACCUAUACAAUGUAUGUAUUUGUGACCAAUAUCUAUUAUAUCGGUACUUAAUGUUCUUGCUUCUCGAUUAAUAAUAAUAAUAAGUUAACGGAUCGAACUAGUGAGAACAAACAUUCUCACUAGUUCGACGGUCGAACAAAUGAGAAAAAAAAUUCUCACUAGUUCGACGAUCGAACUACUGAAUCGAACUAGUGAGAACAAAGGAAACAAACAAACUCUUCAGCUUUAUAAUAUUAGUAUAGAUGUUCGAAUCGGUAUUGAGGUAUCAUUAUGAGGCCAUUUGAUAAAAUUUGAAAAGAAUAUUGUUACUUCAAUUUUUUUUUUAUUAUACUCAAAUUUUAAACUACCACCAAUGCGGUGGAGAAUUUUAUUUAUAUAAGUAUUGUAAGAAACCCGAAUUUAUAAGUAGCACAUAGAGUCCAUUCCACUAAAAAUGAACGUAGGCUUAUCUGUUGAUUAUUCCAUAAAUGUGUCCUUUAUGCACGCAAAUGCGUAGAAUUAUUUGAGGAAAGUCCUAUUUAUUAUAAUAGUAAUAAUUAAGACUUCAAAGAAGUGGCUAUACCCUAUUUCUCACGGCUUAGUCAAUACGGUAAGAGGGUAUAGUGAAUAUUUGUGAUACUUGAAUUGGUAGCAUGUAAUGUCACAACGUUUGAAUUUAAGAAUUGAUUCGACACGAAAUGUACGUCAUUGAUAAGAUGACGCUGUUUGAUGAGUUUUAUAUAAAUUAUACAAAAAUGUAGACAAAAUGAAAGAGUGUAAAUGUAGGAUAAACUAAAAUCCUGCCUCUAAGAGUACGCAUGUAAUGUACGCUUUUUUUUAUAUUACGCAAAAAUUCAAAUUAUUUAAAUAAAUUUUAUAAAUUCCAAAAUUUUUAAGUUCCUUUUUAAUAUUUAAGAGCAAUUUCACAUUUUUAACGUUGGAGACUGCCUCUGAUCCUCCCCCUGCCCUCAUUUAAAAUAAAUUAUUUGAUCUAAAACGAAGACGAAAAUUAUAACUGUUCUACAUUAAAUUACUAGAAAAUAUUACAUGCAAUUUAUUUGUCUAGUAAGACUGGGUUUAUUAUGUAGUUUUCUCAGUUAAUAAGCGAUCGCUUAUUAACGUAGAAGAAAACAUCUUAUUUAAUUAUAAUAACCCAAUAAAUCGCUUGCAAUUUAUCUAGUUAGUGUUAGUUAUAAGUAAUUUUAUGUAGAACAUUAUAAUUUUAAUCUCCGUUUUAGAUUAAAUUUAUUUAUUUCAAAUGAGGGCAGAGUACUGCACCCUUGAAAAAUGUAAAUGACUCCUAUUCAAAUGUAAUAAAAGCUUUACUUUUCAGAUUUUUAACUUUUUUUUGCAUUUUUAUUAUGAUGAAUAUGUUCAUGUGACUAGUGGGACUACUAGGAAUAAACUUAGGGAAACAUUAUAAUGCAUUUAUCUAGAAAUUAUUGGUUUGUACUAUUUAAAUAAAGAUAUUUUAUGAGA